AUGUCUGUUUCCUCCUCCUCAUUUGUAUUCAUCCUAAAGAACAAGGAGAAUAUGAUCUGUCUGGAACUACUGAACGAUCCAGUGACAAUCCCCUGUGGACACAGUUACUGUAUGGACUGUAUUAGAUGCCACUGGGAUGCAAAUGCUCAUGGGAGACAAUACAACUGUCCUCAGUGCAGACAGACCUUCACUCCAAGACCUGUUUUAGGGAAAAAUGUGGUGGUUGCUGAAAUGGUGGAGAAACUGAAGAGGACAGAACUCCAGCCUGCUCCCCUGCCUGCUUAAGUUUCUCACACUGAAGCUGGACCUGGAGAUGUGAAGUGUGAUGUCUGUACUGACAGAAAAUAUAAAGCCAUCAAAUCCUGUCUGGUGUGUCUGAAUUCUCUCUGUCAAAGUCACUUUCAACAACAUGAGAAUGUCUUCAAAGGUGAGAGUCACUGUUUGAUUGAUGCUACUGAGCAACUAGAGGAGAUGAUCUGUCCAAUACACAAUGAGCUUUUGGAGAUUUUCUGUCAUACUGACCAGAUGAGCAUUUGUAUGCGGUGUACGAUGGGUAAACACAAAAACCAUGAUGUGACAUCAGGAGCAGAGAGAAUGAAUCAGAGUUCUUCAUCGUAUUCGGUUCCUCCUGUACCUUUCAGCUUUGAUGUUGUUUCUCGUUCUGAUUAUGGGAGAAAGUCUUUCUCUAAAAGACUAAAGAAAAAAAUGGACAAUUUCCUUAAUUCGGAGGUUGUCCCACCCUCACGCCAUAAACAUUCACACAAGCUCUCAAUAGAUUCAAACACAAUGAAUGAAACACUCCUACUGUCUGAAGGGAACAGAGUGCCUACAAACACUGGCAAAGUCCAGCUAUAUCCCGAACAUCCAGACAGAUUCGAUUGUUGGCCUCAGGUCCUGUGUAAAGAGAGUGUGUGUGGACGAGCCUACUGGGAGUUUGAGUGGAGUGGGAGAUCUUUGGCCUAUAAGAGCAUUUGCAGGAAGGGAAAUGGUGACGAGAGUAAAUUUGGAUGUAAUGGUCAUUCUAUGAAUUUGUACUGUUCUCCUUCCAAAUACACAUUCUGGGACAGUAACAAAAAGACUAAACUAUAUGUAAACAUUUCUAAAUUAAAGACUUCUAGAUUGGCAGUGUAUGUGGAUUACAGUGCUGGAAUUGUGUGCUUCUUCAGCAUCUCUGACAAAAUGAAACUCAUCUACAUAGUCCAGACAACAUUCACUCAGCCCAUCUAUCCUGGGUUUAGGGUUUAUUGUGGAUCAUCAGUGAAACUGUGUGAUCCAGCAAUGAACUGUACAUGA